AUGGCACGGGAUGUGCUAGCCCAAGUUCUAUGCGUGUUGUCUAUCUUCCUUGCGACGGCCCUUCUGUUCUACGGUAUCUUUGUCCCAAAUCCGCCUCGCGAUGUGCAACUACUUCCAGCCAAUGCACAGGGACAAACGCAGCAAGGCCAGCACAGUGACGGGGGUGCUGUGCAGGGCGACUACUUGCUGGGGGUCGGCAAGGCCGAUAUCACUGGACCGGCUGUCGAGAUCAACUUGAUGGGCUACGCUGACACAGACCAAGUGGGAAGUGGUGUCCGUCAACGGAUCUAUUGCCGGGCGUUCAUUGUGGGCAGCCUGUCCAAGAAUCCCUCGCGGAUCGUCUACCUCGUCCUUGACACCCAGUCUGGCGACACUGCCAUUCGCCACGGCAUCUUGCAGAGGCUCGAGGAGUUGGGCCCUGAAUACGCAAUAUAUAACAAGAACAAUGUCGCAGUUACCGGGACCCACAGUCACAGCGGGCCUGGGGCUUGGUUGAACUACCUGUUGCCACAAAUCACGAGUCUAGGCUUCCACAGAGAGAGCUACGAUGCCAUUGUCAAUGGCUCGGUGUUGGCCAUCCAACGGGCACAUGACAGCCUGACGCCAGGCUAUCUCAGGAUUGGACAACACCCCGUCGAAGGUGCGAAUGUAAAUAGAAGCCCAUAUGCCUACCUCCAGAAUCCGAAGGACGAACGAGACAAAUACACCGACGAUGUCGACAAGGAUAUGACAUUGCUGAAGUUCGAACGGGCGACUGAUGGUGAAGUCCUGGGGGCACUAUCUUGGUUUCCGGUCCAUGGCACAUCUCUAUAUCAAAACAACACACUUAUCGCUGGCGACAAUAAAGGCGUAGCAGCAUACCUGCUGGAAGAGUACAUGAAAGCGAGGAACCCGUCCUUCGUCGCGGGCUUCUCGCAAGCAAAUGUCGGAGACACUUCUCCGAACACGCUAGGCGCGUUCUGCGAAGAUACUGGCCUCCCAUGUGCAUUCAAAGACAGCACAUGCGGAGGUCGGAGCCAGCCAUGUCACGGACGUGGACCGAUGUUUCACACAGAAGAUCGAGGGACGAAGUCGUGCUUCGAGAUCGGGAAACGCCAGAUGGCUGCCGCCAAAAUACUCUUGGAAGACGACAGCUUAGCUCGGAUACCUGCAUCCACCAUAUCAUUUUUCCACACCUACGCCAAUCUCUCAUCGUUCACCUUCGCCUCGUUCUUCAACCACUCCCGAAUCCUCCGGACCUGUUCGGCCGCGUUGGGCUACGGCUUUGCAGGAGGCACCACCGACGGGCCCGGCCGCUUCGACUUCUCCCAGGGCACCAACGACACCAACGGCUCGCCCGCCUUGAAAAACCCGCUGUGGAAGGUCGCAAGAGGCGCGAUUCAUCCACCAACAGACGCCCAGAUAGCGUGCCAGAGUCCCAAACCCAUCCUCCUCGACGUCGGUGUCGCCGAUGAUCCCUACGCGUGGACGCCCAACAUCGUCGACAUCCAACUGCUCCGCAUCGGCAGUUUGAUAAUCAUCGUAUCGCCAGGUGAAGCGACAACCAUGUCCGGCCGCCGGUGGAAAUCAGCACUCGAGGCUGCGGCUCCGGCAAUUCUGAACGUCUCGUCUCCUCGACUCGUGCUCGGCGGCCCGGCAAACACCUACGCCCACUACAUCUCCACCGAAGAAGAAUACGCCGUGCAACGCUACGAAGGAGCGUCCACGCUCUACGGCCCCCACACGCUGGAAGCAUACAUCAACCUGACAAUCACGUACCUCCCCUAUCUAGGAUCGGACGAGGAAACCUCCCACCUGGACCGUCUCCCCGCCGGUCCAAACCCGCCUAUCAACGUGAACCGCUCACUGUCUUUCAUCCGGCCCGUGAUCGUCGACCACGCCGGAAUCUUCCGCAAGUUCGGGGAGACCCUCUCGUCGCCGGAUCCAGCACGAUCCUUCCGCCCCGGCGACGUCGUCAGUGCACGAUUCGUGGGCGCGAACCCGCGCAACAACUUCCGCCUCGAGGGCACCUUCGCUGCGGUCGAGAAGUUCGACGAGAACCGCAGGGAGUGGGUGCAAGUCCGCUCCGACGAGGACUGGUUCCUGGCGUUUCGGUGGAAACGCACGUCCACGACGCUGGGUACGAGCGAGGUGACGCUAGAGUGGGAGAUCGAAUCGCGCACCGAGCCGGGCAUGUACAGGUUCCGGUACUACGGCGACCAGAAGGCCCUGACCGGCCAGAUCACGCCAUUCGAGGGUACGGGCGGCGUGUUCCAUGUCGUGGGCGAUGUCGAUGCCUCGAGGACUACGCUUUGGGAUGAGCUUGUCCGUUCAUGA